AUGGAUAGAAGACUCUAUGAGGCUUCACUGAGCGGGAGUGUACCCUUAUUAAACACAUUGAUGCAAGAAGAUGAACUCAUUCUUGAUAGAGCUUUAGUCACUUGUUUCCACGAAACUCCAUUGCAUAUAGCAGCCAUGCGUGGCCAUUUAGGCCUCACACAAGCUCUUCUAAGACGAAAGCCCAAACUUGCUACUGAAUUAGACUCACAUGGGCACUCACCUCUUCACUUGGCUUCCGCUGAGGGUCAUGUUGAGAUAGUACGUGAAUUGUUAUACAUAAAUAGUGAUGUUUGCAACGCUCGUGAUCAGGAUGGGAGGACUCCUCUCCACUUGACCGCGAUGAAAGGUCAAGUUGGAGUUAUAGGGGAACUUCUUCAGACCAUAGACUACUUGUUAUCUAUAGACAAAGUGAAGGAAAACGCAAAUGCCACGAAUGUGAACGGUUCUACAGCUUUGGAUGUUUUAGAUCACUGUCCUAGAGAUGUAAAAGUCAUGGAAAUCAGAGAGUUUCUUCUCGAAGCUGGUGUUCAGAGAUCAAUUAAUGGUGAUGGAACUCUAAACCUCCUUAUAUCAGGAGGUAAUAGUACUAGCAGAGGAAGUUGUCCAAACAAAACAUGGCGAUUUGUAUCUGCAAUUUGGAAGAAAUACCUUAAGAAUGACAGCAAUUGGUUGGAAGUGGGGCGUGGUAAUUUAAUGGUUGUGGCGACAGUGACAGGAACCAUUUCUUUCCAAGCCAGGCUCGAUCCUCCAGGAAGUGUUUGGCAGGACUAUAACAAUAGCAGAAAUGAUACUGACCCUGGUCUAGCUGUCAUGGACACCACUCAACCAGCAGAAUUCAAAAAAUUUCUAAAAUAUAACACGGUGUCGAUCUUUAGUUGCUUCUCUGAGCGUCAUUCUUCUAAUGAGCCCAGAGUUGGGUUCAUCAUGGCCAGUGGUAACGCUACAGAAGCUCUCAGAGAUUGUGUAACUUGUUUGGAAGCCUUGGUGGGUGCUCCACAAUCUGACGGUGCUGCUACCUUGACAGAGCAAAUGGAAUUAUUUGCAAUUGAGUUGUAG